UACUUAUUAAAAUGAUACGAAGAUUAAUUAAAGAUAGUUUAAACAUUGGAAAUACAUCUGCUUAAACCUAUUCUUAAGGGAGACUUAGUAACAGGAAUCGAAGACUGUGGUGGAUUGUUUAGUUAUACUUAUUUUAUUUUUUAUAUAAAAACUAGCUUUAUCUUGAAGGUAAUUGUAUUAGAGUAAAAUUGAAGGGGACUAAUAUACUUAGUUACAAUGGAAACGUGAAAGAAUAAACGGAAAAUAUUCUGAAGGUAUUCGGGAAUAAUGGAACAGUUUUGGGUGAGCUGUGUUACCUGUCUGCUUACCAUGGCAGGAUUUGGGGCAGCCCAAACCCUGGUCUUGACUUGUUCGGGUGGCUGGGAGAAGAUUUACGAGCGUUGUUACCUCCCCGUCCCCUACAAUCAUACAUGGGACCAAGCUAAACAAUUCUGCCAAAAACAUGGUGCUAUACUCGCGGAACCCAGGGGCCAUGAGCUGACAGAUGCUAUAUCGGCUUUAUCGGAAGGUCAUGGAAUUAGACAGUACUGGACAGGAUACAAUCGCAAGAACAUGCAAACGGAACCGGACUAUAUAGGUUCGUUGAGCGACGGAAGUUCCGCGAGUGUAGAUGCGGGCGUUUGGGCGCCCUUCCAGCCUGAUAUUUCCGGUGGCGAAUGCGCCUACAUCGGUGCACCGUGGGAGGACAGCGUCACGCAACGAAUGUGGUACAUGGCGUCAUGUGAUCACGUAAUGUCUUCUGUCUGUGAGCGGACGCCUUGCCCGUCAGAUACGUUCACGUGCGGUAACGGACGUUGCGUGGGUUUUCCCGCGCUUUGCAACUCAGCAGACGACUGCGGGGAUAAUACAGACGAGAUGAACUGCCCCUCGCUGUGUGCGUACCAGUACACGGGUACUUCCGGUCGCGUGGCCUUGGAGCCGUCCGACAAUACGCCGUCAACCGUAUGUCUGUACACCGUCCACGUCGACGUCGGCAAACGUAUACACGUUACGUUUGAGUCUUUCGACACAGAAGAGGGCCUGGACUUCCUUGAGGUUUAUGACGGUGGUCCGUCCCUUGGCGCCAGCGUCCUCGUCGGUCGCCUGUCCGGUCGCCAGUUGGACCGCUUCCGGUCCUAUACCUCAAGCCAAAACUUCAUCCUGUUCAGAUACAUCACGGACGGCAGCGUGCAGAAGACGGGCUUUACGUUGACGUGGAGUACAGAGUACGCCUGUGAGCUGACAGAGGAGACAGGUCGCAAGUUCCGGCAGCCCCAGACCGGUUACACGAAGCCGCUUAUCGGAAGUCAGUCGAUCGAGAGCUGCGAGACGGAGUGCGAGAGGGCUGAAGGCUGCUGGGGGUUCCAGUUUAUAGACGGCGGUGCGGCCGGAACAUCUUGCUUUAUGGCCAUGGAGCCGCCCGUCCUAGUCCACGACACGUGCUGCACGGUGUAUGUGAAGACGUGCCCGGGGGUUACAAGGACGGACGCUUUAGCUGCCAUACCUGAAGUGGAGAGCACCCUGGUGGCCUCCAGCGAGCCCCAGUUCCUUUUCUCACCCCGGUACCCGCUCUUGUAUCCCGGAAACACACAGAGGACAUACGUCAUAUCCGUCCCAGCCAACCUGCUCAUCACUGUGCAGGUGCUGGCGGUAGACCUGUGUUGCAACGACCGGGUGGAGAUCAGGGACGGUGGCGGUCCAACUUCCGGUCUCCUAGCCGCCCUGACCCACGGCUCCACGCCACUCACGGUCGUCUCGAGCGGCCAGCUCAUGUACGUGUACAUGGACCUCGCCUAUCACUGGACCUGUACGGGCGUUUUGAUGAAGUACACAUCAGGCUGCCAUGUGGACUUGACGGAGGAAUCCGGCACGGUGUCAUCCCCGGGUUUUGGCGCCAGCGUGUAUCCAGACAUGACCACCUGCACGUGGCGCGUACAUCCCGCUUCCGGCAAGAGCGUUCAGUUGACCUUUUCAAGUUUCGACCUUGAACCAGAUAGGGAUUUCUUAGAGAUCUACAAAGGGACGGACGAAACAGGCGAGGCGAUGCAUCCACAACCGGGCUACACUGGUCCCCAGGCGCCCGCGCCCGUCCUCACUACUUCCGGUCUUUUUUUACGUCUCACCACCAGCGGUAUCACCGGAUAUCCUGGGUUCAAGGCCACGUAUGCGGCAGGGUGCCCAAUGUUUGACGCCACUUCCGUUGUUGUGGAGCCGGCGGCCGAGAGCUACCAUGCGCCGGAUGCGGUAUCCAUCAGGUGCGCAGAAGGAUACUUCUUCGGCGGAGGAUAUUCAGGGGAAGCAAGCGUUGAUAUGACAUGCCAGAGUGACGGGACUUGGUCUCUGCAAAAUCUUCCGUUCUGCGAACGCGGUUACUGUGGGUUAGCGCCCCUGGUUACCAAUGGAUACGUGGAGAUUGGGUCGGGCGUGCAGGGUGGGGACAUGGUGACGUAUGGUUGUAACCCUGGAUACACUCUCACCGGAAACAACAACGUCACGUGCCUCAGUGAGGGCACGUGGAGCACCGUGCCAAUUUGCACGGCGACGUCUUGCGAGGACUUGUCUGUCGUUUUGCCGUCUGCAACAUUCACCUUUGUAACCGGAAAUGGUAUUCAGCACGGAACUGUAGUCCGGAUCACAUGUCAGACGAACUUCGAGCUGAUUGGUCCAGAGACGGUCACGUGUGAUCAGGGCACGUGGAGAAUAUCGGUGCCGACUUGUGAACCUAUCGUCUGCCCUAUUCCGAUCAUCCCGAACGGAAACCUUGAUAAAACGCAGUCGGUGAAUCAGAGUGACGUCAUCACCGUAGUCUGCCAUACCGGAUAUGAGGUCAUGAACAGUAGAGGAACAACUAGAACAUUCCAAUGUGGCGUCGAUGACCCGAUAGUUUGUGCUAAUGUUAACGAGUGCACGAGCGGCGAGGCCGUCUGUGAAAGCGCCACGUGCACGGAUAUAGAUGGAGGGUUUACAUGCAUCUGUCUCCAUGGCUACGUGCCUGACCCAACAAACAGCACUAGGUGCCUCGACGUGGAUGAGUGUUCGUCUCAAAACGGGCUGUGUGAGCAGACGUGUACCAACAUGCCCGGGGGUUACCAGUGUUCGUGUGGGGAGGGUUAUCUGCUGUACGAGGCGGAUAGUGGACCCGCUCUCGGUCCGGGCGAAGACGGCUCCCAGCCCUGGCACACCUUCCACGUGGCACAUUCCUGCGUUCCCAGACAGUGUGACUUUGAGAAAGUCCUCACAAUUUUAAACGGAAAGGCUCUGACGUCACAGACACAGUUCUACUACAAUGAUACCGUGAAUUUUAUUUGCAAUAUCGGAUUUGUCGUAACUGGGACGACUCGUAAUGGGGGCAAUGCGACAUGUGGGCCGGAUGGUCUGUGGGACGCGCAGCCCGAUUGUGAGGAUGCCUUCUGUGACGAAACCUACGAUGGUAACGUCACACCGAGAGGCAAAAUAACAUACGGCAGCACAUAUACGUUAACGUGUGAGAUGCCGGACGGCAGCACGGUGACGCGUCAACGUUUGUGCGGUUACGACCGCGCUUCCGGGCAAUAUACGACCACUGGCGCCGAGCUGGUAUGUCCUGAGGUAGACUGUGGCCCGGUUCCAAGGCCCGUUGGUAUGCGGCAGUCUAUUGAUUCGUGCACGACCCACAAUUGCACGGUAGCUUUUGAAUGCGAGGGCUACUACGAGCGGCGUGGCCAGGGCGCUGUCCCCGGCCACCCAGAGUUCCUUGUAGUUUAUUGUAGCGCUCGGGGCAUCUGGGAUUUCGGAACACUUCGGUGUCAAGGUGGUCAGUGCGGACAGCCGGUGACGCCCUUCAACGGCUACACGACUCUGACCACAUGGCAGCACGACCAGAUAAGCGUCCCUACGACCGAAAUCGGCUCCGUGGCUACCUUCCACUGCCAUGUGACCGGGUACCAACCCGAGCCCGUCACUUUUGCCACGUGCAUCAAGGUUGGAGCGAACCAAGUCGCAUGGAGUCACGAAGCUGCGGUCACGUGCGUCGACAGGGAACGGCCGACGCUGUUGAACUGCCCGACGAGUAUGACGGUGACAGCCCUUAGUUCUGUGUUAUUUACUAUGCCGGCCAUGACCGAUAACACGGGCGUCAAGGCGGUGCGCAGCUUCCCCGAGAACUUUGGUUCUGGAAUGGCACUGGGGGAAGGCGGUUUCUUGAGCAUCAUCGCAGAGGACUACAAUGAAAACAUAGCCCGCUGCGAUUUCAGGGUUUCAUUCUAUGACGAGACCGCACCGGGGGUGACGUGUGAGCGGCCACCGGUGCUCACGGCCACACAGAUAGACGUCACAUUCGAACCGGCCAGGUAUUUCUCCACCGACGAUCACCUGGCCACUACUGUCCUAAGGCCGGAAAUGAUUACCGUCAAUCUCGCGGCCGUCGGUACAAACCCCGUACUCAGCUUUUCGGCCUUUGAUUCUUCCGGCAACAUUGCUGGAUGCAACAGCCAGCUUAGAAUUGAAGCACCAAAAUGUAACGACAAGACACUGAGUGUAAGAAACGGCGACGUAAGCUGCACGUUUAAUGGAGGCGGCUACGACUGCGCGGUGACGUGCAAGCCUGGUUUCUACUUUUAUGAAGAUCCCUCCGCCUCCGAGAUUUCCCUCAACUGCUUCGGUAAUCAACCAUGGAGUAGGGAACUUCCGGUCUGUACAGCCAAGCAUGACGCUACCUCACGUGUCACCUUGACGAUCAGCUACAGUCAGCAGGGCACGAGCAUUUCAAGCACAUGUGAGAGCGCCUACCGCACCCAGAUCACAAACAGCCGAACCGACCUCGCAAUCGCCUUCAACACCCUUUGUGGCGGCAGUAUGGACAUAUCUCCCAGCACCAUGCCUGUCACCAGCCUCAUUGCAGCGGGAUUUUUCGUGUCGAACGUUACGUUUGAAAUCAGCGACCCGGGGUUACAGGACUCCGUGUACGAAACAUGCUUCGACCUGAUUCUUAAUGCCUUCAACGACCUGACGUCUGACGUCUCCCAAGUGACGACGUUGAGCGGAACUGGGUGUCCAUUUCUUUCGUUAACGUCAGGAAAUGCCGAACAGCAAGUGUCGUACGUUUGUAACGGAGCAGAGUCGGCGGUGAUGUACAACUCGACUAUGCACACGUGUUUGGAGUGCCCGCCGGGGACGUACAGUGAUGGGUCAGGUUGUGCCCCCUGCCCCGCCGGCACGUACAACGAUGCAUACUUUUCCUCGACAUGCAAACCCUGCCCAGAGGGAUCCAACAGUCACGCUGUUGGCGCCAACGAGGAAAAGGACUGCUACGAUGACUGCGUGCUGCACCAGUACAGCCCCACAGGCAAGGCUCCGUGCACGGACUGUCCGGCGGACACAUACUGGGUGAACAGCACGCGCUGCCAGCCCUGUCCAUCCAGGUAUCACACACAGGGACGCGGGGCCACAGCCAGUACCGACUGCAAAAAGGAAUGCCCUCUGGGAACGUUCUCACACAGAGACGGGCUGGAGCCGUGCACGAUCUGUCCGCGCCAUUUCUACCAAGCCGAGAGCGGCCAGCGCACGUGCACGGAGUGCGAAACAAACCAGAUCACUAUCCAGGGGAAUUCAACCAGCUCAGUGGAUUGUAUAGAUGGAGCCGUCAUUCUGUGUUCGCCAAACCCUUGCGGGCCCGGGGGCCAGUGCGAGAUCAUAAAACACGACUACUUCUGUACUUGUGCGGCAGGGUACACGGGCAGGAACUGUGACAAUAUUGUUUCCCCGUGCGACUCGUCGCCAUGUUUGAAUGGAGCCACGUGCACAAGGCUCAAUGCCACGUCAUACAACUGCACAUGCCUAGCCCGGUACAGCGGUGAUAACUGUGAAAUAGACGCAGACGACUGUGAGAGCGCCACCUGUCAGAACAACGGCACGUGCGUCGACAAGAACGCCGAGCAUGUGUGCGCAUGCGCGUCGUACAAUGGAUACUAUGGCGACUCAUGCGAGGCGGUCCAAAACCCCUGUCUCCGGUUUCCUUGCAACAACAGCGGAACUUGCGUGCCCAUGGGGUCUUUCCACAGGGUCUGUGACUGCGAACAAGGGUUUUCCGGUCUCGACUGCGAAGUUAACCUCGACGAGUGUGCCCCGAAUCCUUGUAGAAACGGUGGUCAGUGCUUGGACGGUUACGGUACCUUUAUCUGUAUGUGCGCCCCGGGAUACGGCGGUACGUACUGCGAACGCCGGGACUACAAUAAUGUGUGCGGACCAGACGCUUGUAGGGCGGGGACCGGAUGUAUUGAUGACUAUCUGGAGGAGCGCCCGUAUUGCUUGUGUCACGAGGGCUGGAGAUUUAACGAGCAGGCGGGCGUCUGUGGUAUUUUCGGGGAGAAUAUCUACUGUGAUCCCAGCGUAUGCGGGAAUAGCGGGACUUGUACGUCCUAUGAUGGCGGUUACCACUUGGCGUGCCGCUGCGUUGCCGGAUAUGGCGGUCCGCGGUGCCAGCACGAUAUCGACGACUGUCUCUAUCGGCCGUGCGAGAACUCGGGCACGUGCACAGACGGCAAUCAUAAUUACACGUGCACCUGUCCUAUUUCCGGUGCCGCAGGUGUAAACUGCACGGACAACGUGGACGGCUGCGAUAACUGUGUUUCCGGUCAAACUCGGACUUGCUCGGACUUUAUCGAUUCCUACAAGUGCUACUGCCUCGAUGCCUUCCGCGGAAAUAACUGCGAGGAGACAAUUCCUACCUGCGAGUUCGCACCAUGUCAACAUGGGGGCACCUGUACUAACCCCGUUAGACCAGAAGAUCACAUAUGCGAUUGCGCGGUCCCAUGGACGGGGCGGAACUGCGAGGCGGAAGUGGAUCGCUGCGUUCCCUCUCCAUGCUUAAAUGGGGCCAUGUGUGAAAGUACCAGUGACGGAUUCGUCUGUUUGUGCCCGCUAGGUUUCCGUGGCGAACUUUGUGACCUGUCGUACGACCUAUGUGACGUCACACGGCCGUGUGUGGGUGACAAUAGCACCUGUAGCCAGAUCUCCGCCGACGACGUUAGCUGUUCCUGUCAGGCAGGGUACUCUGGUGUGAGUUGUCAAUCCUUGCUAUGGUACUGCACGGACAGCACGUGCGCAAAUGGCGGCACAUGUUCAGUGGUCAGCGGCCAGGGCGUCUUCUGCCAGUGUUUGGACGGUUUCAGCGGAUUAGAUUGUGCUGUAAACGUGGACGAGUGUGAGGGGUCGCUGUGUCCAGACAACUCGGUUUGUGUGGACGGCGUCAAUGAAGCCACGUGCGUCUGCCACGCCGGCAGGGUAGGCGAGAAUUGUGACAAAGAUAUUACAGACGACUUCGACAUAUUAGUGACCUCCGAGUACCCAUGCGCAGAGGACACACCGUACAUCCACUUCCGGUCGGAGAGUUCUUCCGGUUUCUCCCUGAUCACGUGGGUCCGUCUGACCAACCUGAACCUUCCGGAGUCUAUAGUGACUGUAUAUGGCGUACAGGAUGGCAUGAGCAACGAUCCGACACACUGGCUUCACCGGCUUACUCUCGGCUCGUCGUACGUCAAUUUUGACGUUCAAACAGACGUCUUCCAAGGUUCAACGUCACUGGAAAUACUGGAUGACGCCAUCAACGACGGUCUGUGGCACCACGUCGCCAUCACGUGGAACAACUUCCGGGGAUAUCUGACGUUGUACGUGGAUGGAGUGUACAAUAAUCAGGAGGAAAUCGGGAUAGGGGAAGACCUAGCGCAGUUCGGCCUGGUACAAUUAGGCAGCAGUGGACAGGCGGCAAUGCGGUUCAGUGGCCGCCUUUCACGGAUACGCCUAUUCUCUUCUAAGCUAGAGGACAGUGACGUCACUUCCGAUUACGCCGGCCAAUCAACAAGCUCCGAGCCGAUUAAUAUUCCACUUGAUUACAUGCUGGAACAUUUCUCGCUCGACUACAACAGCCAAGUGACGAACAACAUUUGCAGGGCCGUUUCCAGCUGCCCACACGCCGCCUUCGAUGAGUCAAGUCAACCCCAGGUGGUUAUGUGUCCCGGUGACCAGACGACCGUUUCGCCACGAGUCUCGACUCCUCAGUGGCCAGAACCGACGUUCAAAAACACGGACCCCACGUCCAGGGCGGCUACACAUACCUCCGGCGAGACGCCGCUAGGCUGGGGUGUCCAUGGAGUCGGCGUGGCAGAGUUCUCGCAGGACAGGAAGUACGUCACCGUCUGCUCCUUCCGCUUCUACAAUAAACGCCGGGAGUGUUCCACACCACUGUCCGGACAGAACGCUCCCAUGUGUACAUCCCUACCGGAAGAAGGCUCCAUGUGCCGCCCCUCGUGUACGAGCUCCAUGGUGCCCUCCGAGGAGACGCCCGCCUAUUAUACGUGUAGCAAGUACGGCGCCUGGGACGCCGCGGACCGAGAUGUGAACUAUUUGAUGCCUGGCUGUGGAGACGCACAGUCCCCGACAGUCACGGUCUCGGUGAGUGUUGAAUACGACCUAGGCAUGUUAUGUGCUGAAUUUCGAGAUAACUUGGCAGCCUAUAUCCGGCAGAACAUUUCGACUGUAAAUAUGGCGGCCGGAAACGCCCUCUGUCAACGCGGGGGUGGCAUGGAGGACCCGGAUUGUCAGAAUAUUGAGCUAGAGGUGGACUGUCGCACGGAGCAACGAGCGUCCGCUCGCUUCCAAUUGCCUUAUAUGGGUGGGUCUGUACAGUAUGUGGGAGUGACUAUGGCACCGGGAGACGUGGUUAAAACGGCGAUGAGAGAUACGGUCGCUUUUGAUUUCCCGCCGAACGCGGCGCCGGACUUUACCACUGUGGUCGUACGAUCGAAGCAAGUUUGUUCUGCGGGCUUCCAACUCAUACAGGACAAAUGCGUGAAAUGCGGUUCCGGUUUUUACUACGACAGCACCACUUCGCGGUGCCGGAGGUGCCCUCUAGGCACGUGGCGCACUGUGACCCAGUUCACGAGCGCCUUCUCCUCGUGCACUACGUGCUCCGGAAGUGGCACCACAGACAACGAGGGAUCUCCUGACGCCUCCUUCUGUCACGAUAAAUGUUAUUACGGCCAGUAUUACAACGCGAGCCAGGGUCGAUGUGUGGCUUGCGAAAACGGUUUCUAUGGCGACGCGAUCGGAGCGGCCGCGUGCUCUCCCUGUCCCGUGGACGAAACAACAAACGACACGGGCGCCACGGAACCCACAAGUUGCGUCCCAAUUGUAUACACUACCACAACAUCCGCAGGACAGCCAUCAAUUGGAGCGAGCCAGCAGGGAACCAAGCUGUCGGCGGGCGUCAUAGCCGCCAUCGUUAUCGGCGGACUCAUCCUCCUCUUUGUCAUCGUUGGCUUGCUUGUGCUAUGUAUCACCAAGAGACUGCCGUGCUUUAAAGAAGAAGCAAGAGUCGAACCCGAGAGUAAAACGCCAUGGAAACAUGUCAACAGAUAUGGAGAGAUGAAUCUGCACUACGUGAACUAUCGGCUGUCGGACAUCCGGGAAUGUAAGGAUAAGGCGGCAGACAGGAUGCCCAUCUGCGAGGAGCCGCGCACACCGGAAGACAGCCUCAGCGUCGUGCACGACAUCAACAUACACGUGCCAAUCUUCACAGAACGACUUGAUGGAAAUAUACACAAAAAGCGGCUGUUCAUGUCCAACGGACGAUCAGACAUUGGGUCUGACCUUGACCAGACGAUUGAUCGCCCGCUCUCCUCUAUUGGUGGUCAGUCUGAGUAUGGUCAGUUCUCGUCUACAAUGAGGGAGCAACGGCCCGGGUUGAAACAGCCGCCGUCACCUUCCCUUCAACCGCUCACCCCACCCACUUCCGCAAAGCAUGUCCGUCGGCACCAACAAGGAAGACCGACCGCGGACCUCUCUCCGCAUCUACCACACCGCGCCCUGGCGCCCCUGGCCCACCGCCAACGGAUGCCACCAGAGGCGCAAACUUCGGAGUACAUUCGUCCUUUGCCAUCCUAUUUUAAACGACCGGAAGUUACGCCACGCUAUUAUCAGGAAUUCCUGGAGCCGAGCACCAUACCAUCACGUGACCGCGAACUGGCCACACCCACCGCGUCACAAGUUGGUUCCGAUAAAAUUUUGUUGGAUUCGGACAACGAGGACUUGCGAUAAAAUUUGAGAUUCGACACUUGAAGCUAUAUUUAGUGACUGUACCAAAGUGAAACACUGCGAUUUAUCGAUACUAUAGUUCAAAUGUUUUCUUUCUUUGACAAUACUGUGUCAUAUGAUUUAUUUAUUUUUCUACUUUCUUAAAAUCUCAUUUCAACUCUUUGAUUGCCAUGAAACUUUUCUGAAUGGUUUGUUUUUUGAGAUAAUAUGUGAUGAUUUCAACAUGGUGUUUACCAACCUUUUACACGUAUAAAUGUUGCAUGCAAGUGCUAUUUGGUUCCCUAAAAACCAUUGUCAUUGUGCCAAAUAUUGUGCCACAUUUGUUUUAUUUUGACGGACUGUGAUGCAUCGAUUGUGGUAUAUUUUAAUAACUUGUUGAUAUUUGUCGCCAUGUAAUAUUUGAUCAUGCUUUAAAACUUUUUUAGAAAUGAU